AACUGGAAGAAGCAGCAGCAAUCUUGGAACAGUACAGCACGAUCACGCCAAACGCCUCGCCGAACGCUUCUCCGUCUUGAAUAUGGCAUCCUGAAGCCUCUCUGGGACCAUAGUGCUUCCUACUUUAUGCGCCGUUAAUAAAUAAUAUUUUGGGUCGUGUUGCUGGGGUCUUUGCCACCUGCCGGUCGCCUGCAAUUCCGGCAUCUCGGCUUCGGCAGCGGCAUGCGACGUUGACAGCCCUCCGUCUGUGAGCCUCGAAUUCGGAUCGGAGCCCGGACCUCUGCGGACAAUCUCCCCAACAGCAGCUAGUCCUCCCCUCGAUUCCGGCUCAGUUAUCGCAGACUUUCAGGACAGCUUCCACAAUGGCAGCUUCAGACGCGGGCGCUGGCGUCCGCAAGAGACGGCUUCGUAGGCGGCGCCAAGACAAGCCCGCGCUCUCGGCGCGCCUCGUGCUCGACGACCAUGUGAAGACCGACGUUGGCAUCGUGUCAGAGGAUUUGUUUGCAGAGCUGUUCCCCCACGUGCAGGAUUGCCACGACCAAGACGACCAGCUCUCGAGUCCUCCAAGCCACCUUCACAUCGCCAUCGCUCCCUGGACGCCGUCCCGCUCCCCCGAGACUGUGAGCUGGGCAGUAGUUCCCGUGACUCCAUCAUCCGCCCUCGCCCCCUCGACCAUUCAGUUCUCGCCCUCGUCGUUGGCCCUGCAGUCCUUUGCCCUGAACCUCAAACAGGUUGCGCCCUCGCAAUUGACGACCCGAAGCCGAAGCGGUAUCGAGGUGCUGGUCCUUGAUGUUGCUGCCAUUGAGCUGGACUCGGUCUUCGUGAGCCUCGAAGCCGAACUGAUCAGGAGAUUGGAGAAUGGAGAAGGCAACUUUUUCCGGGAACAUCCCGCUCAAGGGAAGACGCCGGCACCGCGCACGCCCGAAGGCCGGUUGACGGCAGCUUUGCGUGCCGCCCUCAGCACGCUCAAGGUUGUGCACACUGGUGACCUGUUUCCGCUACCACUGGCCCCGCAUCCUGUCACUCAUGUGCCCCCGAAUCCGGGCAGGAUCACCCUCUGCGAGCCGGUAGCACAGGGCGUUCUAGGUCCCAACACCAAAAUCAUAUUGUCCCGGGGCCGUAUGCACUCCAAACACAGCCAUGCCACUACGCCGAUGCCGCAGAGCCGGGGGCUGAACGCCGCCGCCGAGGACGACGAGGAUACGGCUAACGACCAGUUCUACUCUGCCGCCGAGGAAGGCGUUCGGACAGACACGGCUGCCGAGGAGACGGAUGCCACCGCGACCGAGGCGGAAUCCGACGAGCCGGACGUCGAGGAAGAUGAGCUGUCGGACGACUCGAUGGACGACAUGAUCUCCCUCCAAGCCCCAACGCUGUCUUCCACGAUAACCAGUGGAAUAGGCACGCCCACCACGAUCGGGGGCCGAGGACGGAGGACCAAUGGCAUCAGUAGCGCCGCGUCCGUGUUUUCGAGCUUCACCGCAACAACUGCUAGGCCAGAUCGACCACGCGGGCGUUUAUUCAAGGCCCAGGGACUCGUGCAACCUAUUCCGCCCGAGCUCCUGCAUCCAAAGCCCACCCCCGUCGACGACGAAGAGGCGCGAAUCUACGUGGACACGAAGGACCUGAACAGAAUUGGCUGCUUCUCCGGGGACUGGGUGCGGGUCGAAGCAUCCCAGGAGCCGCCCACCAAUGGCUUCGGCGCGUUCGGUCUCGGGAGCUUUGUCGAACAGGAUCCGGACGAGCUGACCUGGAGGCCCGCAAGGGUAUACGGGCUGCCAGAGGGGUAUUCCAGCCGUCCCAUGGCCAGGGUAGCGUCCUCCAAGUACAACGGCCGGAGGAUGUCCUUCUUCGAGUCUCAAAUCCAGAGGUCCUCGAGCCCUACGGUCCACCUCUCCCCGGUCAUGCUUGCGAACCUCGAGAACCCGCCAUACCUGCGUCUCUCGGCCAUCAGGCGGGGCGCGCAGGCAAAAGGACCCCAGUCGAAGUCAUCGACCCCUGUCCAACCACCAUGUGCGCGCGAGGUGCUUUUGCAGCACGUUAGGACACCGAUUCCCGUCGAGAGGGACGUGCAGACCGCAGUCAUGGCUGGCCUGAAGUUCUACUUCGAGAGGAGGUUACGCGUGGUCAAAGCAGGAGACCUGAUUGCGGUGCCCAUCGAUACACAACUCGGACGAACACUGCAGGAGACUACCGCAGCAGGUGACGAUUCAGCGGUCGACGAUAUCCUGGGAAUGAUUGCCAGCGGGCGGUCGCAUCGGAACCUGAACUACGAUGAAGUUGCUUGGUUCAAGGUGGGCCACGUGCAACCGAUCAAACAGGAUCCGGCGGAAGAGAGCGAGGAGGACGAAGACCCCUGGGGCUCGGCUGCGUGUGUGGACAUCUCCAUUGCACACCUGGAGCAGACAGGCUCGGUGACGAGCCGUGUGCCCGGAACCGUGUCCAACACUUGGCCGUACUAUCUAGGCAUCAAGAAGCUCACAAAGCAACCCAAGGGCCCUUCAAGCCCGCUCAUGCAGGAGCCAGAGCGGCAACACAUCUCCCCGCUGAGAAGGAGACUGCGGGAACUGAUGGCCGCUGCGACAAGCAAAGCCGCCAUCCACCUCAAGAUGCCCCCCCUGGCGAUUCUCCUCGUCUCAACGCAGCGCAGCAUUGGAAAAGCCACGACGGCAACACAGGCCUGCAUGGAUAUCGGCUUGCACACCUUCACGGUAGACGCCUACGACAUCGUCAACGACUCGGGCGCAGGGGGAGGCAGCGACGUCAAAACGGCCGGCUUCCUGACCUCGAGAGCGGAGCGCGCCAUGAGCUGCGGGCCCGACUGCUGCACCCUCCUCAUCCGCCAUAUCGAGGCUCUGACGGCCGACCGGAUGGUCGCUUCGAUCAAGGAGAUCUUGGCCGAGGCCAGAGUCUUGGUGGCUACAACGACCGAGGUCGAGAAGGUGCCAGACGGGAUCCGAGCCCUGUUCACGCACGAGCUGGAAAUGAGUGCGCCCGACGAGGGCGAGCGCGAGGGUAUCCUGCGAACCAUCCUGGACGACCGCGGGGUGAGUCUGGAUCCGGAGGUCGACCUCGGCAGCAUUGCUCUCAAGACGGCUGCCCUCGUCGCAGGAGACCUGGUCGAUGUCGUCGAGAGAGCUCUAGUGGCCCAGCGGUCUCGCCUGGAGCUCCUGUCUGCGAAGGCCACGAGCGAGGAACAGGCCGUGACCGUGCGGGACGUGCAGGUAGCCGGUGGCCCGGCCGCGUUGGGCCUCACGAAGCAGGACUUCGAAGUCGCUGUCGAGGCCGCGCGGAAGAAUUUUGCCGACGCGAUCGGCGCUCCCAAGAUCCCGAACGUGACGUGGGAUGACGUCGGAGGGCUGAACAACGUGAAGGAGGCGGUGACGGAGACCAUCCAGCUGCCGCUCGAGCGACCGGAGCUGUUUGCUAAGGGCAUGAAGAAGCGCUCGGGCAUCUUGUUCUAUGGGCCGCCCGGUACCGGCAAGACGCUCCUUGCCAAGGCCAUCGCGACCGAGUACAGCCUCAACUUCUUCAGUGUCAAGGGGCCCGAGCUGCUCAACAUGUACAUUGGCGAGUCGGAAGCCAACGUGCGGCGUGUGUUCCAGCGGGCGCGCGAUGCGCGGCCCUGCGUGGUCUUCUUUGACGAACUGGACUCGGUCGCGCCGAAGCGAGGGAACCAAGGCGACAGCGGCGGCGUCAUGGACCGCAUUGUCUCUCAGCUGCUGGCCGAACUGGACGGCAUGUCGGGCGGCGAGGAUACCGGCGGCGGCGUGUUUGUCAUCGGCGCGACCAACCGGCCUGACCUGCUCGACCCGGCGCUGCUGCGCCCGGGACGCUUCGACAAGAUGCUCUACCUCGGCGUCUCGGACACGCACGACAAGCAGCUCAAGAUCAUGGAGGCCUUGACGAGAAAAUUCACCCUCCACCCCUCGGUCUCCCUCCGCGCCGUGGCCGAACGCCUCCCCUUCACCUACACGGGCGCCGAUUUCUACGCGCUCUGCUCCGACGCCAUGCUCAAAGCCGUCACGCGGCAGGCCAGCCUGGUCGACGCCAAGAUCAAGGCCAUCAACGCCGACCUCCCCGGCCACAACCUCCGCGCGCCCAUCUCCACCGCCUACUUCUUCGACCACUUUGCCACGCAGGAGGACGUCUCGGUCAUGGUCACGGAGCAGGACUUUUUGGACGCCCACCGCGAGCUGGUCCCCAGCGUCAGUGCCGGAGAGCUGGCGCACUAUGAACGUGUCAGGGCGGCGUUUGAGGGGAAGAAAGACGAUGCUCACAAGGAGAUGGAGAGAACCAACGGGACAGGGGCGGCGGCUCCCGCGAGGCUUGGUUUGACGAUGGGGCGGAGAACUACGUCCGGCGCAUCGACCAGGACUGUCGUCGUCAGUAGCAGCAAGGGGAACAGGAAGGGGAAAGGCAAGGCGGUUGCGCUGGGCAGCGAGGAUGAGUAUGACGACGAUGACCGUGAGUCAGGGGAGGAGAGCCCCGGUGGUGGUGGCGCUGGUGGCGCUGUACGGGACAAAGGGAAGGGUAAGGAGAUAGCAGGGGCAGGAGGAGCUGCCGCUCCGUUUGGCGAUGGUCCGGGCAGCGGCGAUGAAGGCCUGUAUGAGUAGGACUGUAAAGGGUUGAUCGAAUGCAUAGUAAAUACCUAGGUAGAUAUAUAUAUA